AUGGAUAGAAAUAGAGAGGCUGGAGAGCAGGGGGGAGUUGCUGGUGGAGGAGUGGGGACUCACCAACCAGCCAACCCUACGCUACCUACUUCUUCUACACCAUCUCCUACUACCGUGGAUCCUGUGAAAGCUUCCUCUAUUGAGAAAUUUAUGGGGGAGGACUACGAGCGCUGGAGUUUCUGCAUGAGGCUGAUGUACACCCAAUACAAGCUAUUGGAUUUGGUGGAGGGGAAGGAGAAGAUGCCGGAGGCUGCGGAGCUGAAAGGAGCGUGGAUGAAGCGAUCGUUCGACGCGUACAUGCUCAUGUUUUUGGAUGUGCACUCACCGACACAUGCUACCGGCAUCGUGCUACUCGCGCGGUGGCUGCGCGACAUCAAGUUCGUUGAUCGAGAGCCGAUGCAACCGGUGUUGGAUGAGAUAUGGGACAUAUUUACAAAGCUCCAAGGUGGCAGUGUGGUGUACCUGGAGCUCGUGCAAUGCGUGGAGAUUGUGAUACGGCUGCCAGAGUCGUGGUCUGCCCUUGCGAUCAACCUCAACUCCCAUAAACCCCAAUGGAGCGUGGAUUACAUUCGCGCGCGCAUUCUAGAGGAGGACUUGCGGCGGCGGAGUGUGGAGCGCUCGGAGGAGGGGGCUGGCUAUGGAGUUGGAGGUGGAAAAAGUGGCUUCAAGAAGAAGUGGAAGGGCAAGAACAAGGACAACCCUAAGGAGGAUGGCGGCGGGGGUCAAGGGGAGGUGUGCUUCUACUGCAAGAAGCGCGGACAUUGUUGGCGGAAGUGCUACCAACGACCCAAGGAUUGGACCCCGCCUUCAUCAAGCAACCACUGUGGUGGCAUGAGGAGUGGGGGAGUCAUGGGAGCUAGUGGAGAGGAGAAGGAUGAGGAGAAAGGCGGCAAAUCUGAGGAGCGGAAGGCCGGGUUCUUCUUCUUCGUGAACGAAGGCACAACCGACCUCGCUAUGGUUGCCAAGCUGCACCUUGAGGAUCUCCCUGGGUCAGAGCUGACCAGUGACCACAGUGGCGGUGGUGAGCAGCAAGUUUCUGGUCCUGCUAGAGAGGAGGGGCUGGAGGAUGAGUCAGCACGUGUGGACUCACCAUCUCAGCCCGAGCCUGCUGCAAACGCCAAGGUCACCAAGAGGAGUGUGCAGAGAGGAGCUUCACCACAUGGGCAGCAGACUGUAACCCGUGAGAAGAGAGUGGCAGCAGCACCCUCAAGGUUGAAGCAUAGCCGUUUGGGAGGACCUAAGCAAGGUGCCAUGGCGGUUCAGGCGGGGGCGGCUGCUCCAGGGGCCAGGCGCGGGGUAAGGCAGGGCGACGCGGCGGGGAGGGGCGACGUCGUGGGUAGGGGCGACGCGGCGGGCAGGGCGACGCGGCGGGCAUAG